AGUCAGCCGCUGGCCGCCAGACGAGAUGGAUUUGUUGUGGAUACCCGCAGCGCUUUAACGUAAAAUAAAAUAAACGUCGCGAGUGAUCGUGGCUAGUGAUAGUGUUGGUGUAUUGUGUAUACGUCUAGUCGCCGCAUGCGACCUGCGGUGCUGUGCUGUGUGUCAUACAUACCGGACAGAAAGCGGACGAACGGAUCCCGACAGGACUGAGACGCGGCCCCGACUCGCACGCACGCUUUACUGUCUCAACAGAUUGUCAGCGUGGAGCAGGUUGUGUUGGCAUGGCGGGCGGCCGGCGGCUGCGCUGCGUCGCGCUGCUGCUCGCGGCGGCCGCCUGGUGCGCCGCUGGACCCGGCCCGCCCGCGUUGCGCUUUCCGCGCGCGCUCUAUAACCUUACUGUGCCGGAGAACUCUCCGCCACGCACCUACGCUGAGCCGCCGCCCGGCGCCGAUCACCCCGCGCAUCCCGCCCUGCCGCUGCCCAGCCCCGACACCAAAAUCCGCUUUCGCAUCCGUCAUGGUGACCGCGAUAAGUUCUUCAAGGCGGAGGAGCGAAUCGUGGGAGACUUGUGUUUCCUUCUCAUUCGCACGCGAGCUGGACACACCGACGUACUCAAUCGUGAGCGCCGCGACACCUACCGGCUGGACGUGCGCGCCACGGCGCAGUUGUCUGAUGGCACGCAACUCGAGGCGGACACGGUGCUUGUCGUCGAAGUCACCGACGAGAACGACCUCAGUCCGCUUUUCUAUCCUACGGAGUACGAAGCGCUCGUGCCGGAAGACACGCCCUUACACUCUAGCAUCGCUCGCGUGACCGCGGAGGAUGCCGACCUAGGUAUAAACGGUGAAAUUUACUAUAGCCUCGCCGAGAUGACCGAUCGUUUCGCAGUACAUCCUAGCAACGGCGUGGUGACGGUGACGAGCGCUCUGGUGGCGGCCGUGAAGACUCGUUAUGAGAUCACCGUGUUGGCUCGAGAUCGUGCCUCUUUGCUAACGCUCGGCGAAAAUGCACCCGCCGCCCGAGCUACGCUCACGAUUCGAGUGGCCCCCGUCAACCUACACGCUCCCGAGCUGCGCGUGCGUCGUUUGCCCGAACUCGUCGAAAACUCCACUGCAGAGAUAUAUGCGAUAGUAGAAGUGACCGACCGAGAUGUCGGCGAGCACGGCCGGAUCGCGGGCCUCGAGAUCGUCGACGGAGAUCCUGACGGUCACUUCCGUGUGCGUCCUUCCGAGCAGCCGAACGAGUACGACAUCAUGGUUCACGCGCUCCUCGAUCGCGAGACUUCUCCGCGAGGCUACAACCUCACGUUGCGCGCGUUGGACGCCGGCCAUCCUCCUCGCGCCUCUUACCUUACGCUACCGGUGACGCUCUUGGACGCCAACGACAACGCACCUGUUUUUAGUCGUGAAAUUUACGAGGCCAACGUUCCGGAGACGGCACCGCCGAAUACACCGGUCAUCAGACUUAAAGUGAGCGACCGCGACGAGGGUCGCAAUGCCCGGGUGUACAUUGAGAUCGUGGGCGGCAACGAGGGCGGCGAAUUCUUCGUGAAUCCCGAUACUGGCGUGCUGUACACCGCGGUGCCGCUCGACGCUGAACAAAAAUCACUUUAUACACUUACGGUCUCUGCAAUCGACCAAGGCAACGCUGGAACUAGAAAACAAUCUUCGGCCAAAGUGAAAAUAGGCAUCGUGGAUGCUAAUGACAAUAAUCCAGUUUUUGACCGGGACGAUGUGGCGGUAACACUACCAGAGAACGGGCCGACUGGCGUGGUGGUCGCCAGAGUGUCGGCCAGAGACGCUGACUCCGGCGAGAACGCUUAUAUAUCCUACAGUGUGGCUAAUCUACAACCGAUACCGUUCGAAGUGGACCACUUUUCGGGUGCCGUGAGGACAACUAAACUGCUCGACUACGAAAGUAUGCGACGCGAAUAUAUUCUGAGAAUACGCGCAAGCGAUUGGGGGCUACCUUACAGACGUCAAGCUGAAAUGCGACUCACAGUUCGCCUCGAAGACGUCAAUGACAACAGACCGCAGUUCGAACGUGUAGAUUGCGUCGGCUACCUGCCACGACGGUUGGCGAUAGGCUACGAAAUUGUGACGCUCUCCGCAAUCGACUUCGAUUCCGGCGAUGUCGUAUCAUACCGACUAGUGAGCGGUAACGAGGACAACUGUUUCGCCCUGGAUUCCGGUACCGGCGUCGUGAGCCUGUCUUGUGACUUGGCAGAUGUCCGCGCUGACACCAGAGUGCUGAACGUGACCGCAACGGACGGUACGCACUUCGCCGACCCGACGUCUCUCACGCUACACCUGGUGGGUGGCGCGGGGGUCGGUGCGAGCGCCGGCGACGUGGGCGCGCUCGAGUGCCGCGACACCGGUGUGGCUCGACGCCUCAUCGAGCUGCUGGCCGCGGCGGAACGAAGUAACGCUCCCAUAGAUUUCACUGAAGAUUUUCCACUUGCUCCCUCUCGUUAUGGUGAAAAUCUACAUGUACCCGAAUUCAUAGACUUUCCCGUCGAGGUUAAAGUAAACGAGUCCGUGGCGCUGGGGACAUCGCUAGUGCGACUGCGCGCUCGCGACCGGGACCUUGGCUACAACGGCCUGCUGGUGUACGCCAUAUCGGGCGGCGAUGCGGACUCCGCCUUUCGUAUUGACCCCGACAGCGGCGAACUUAAAGUCAUUGGGUACUUGGAUCGUGAAAAAGAGCAUGAAUAUUAUUUAAAUAUCACCGUUUACGAUUUGGGCGUGCCGCAGCGAUCCAGCUCCCGAUUGCUCCCCGUCACCGUGCUCGACGUAAACGAUAACGCUCCCAAAUUCGUUAAAACCUUAUCCAGUUUUCGCGUAACCGAAAACGCUAUUAAUGGGACGGUAAUAUUCCGCGCAAACGCGACGGACCGCGACGCAGGGGAGUUCGCGCGCAUCGAGUACAGUGUGAUCGGCGCUGGUGCCGGCGAGUUCUGCGUGGAGCGCGAGUCGGGCCUGCUGGCCGUGUGCGCGCCGCUGGAUCGCGAGCGGCAUGCGCUCUACGAGCUGAGCGUGCGCGCCACAGACGGCGGCGGGCUGCGCGCCGAGGCGCUUGUGCGCGUCGCAGUCGAUGACGUCAACGACAACGCGCCUCGCUUCGCCCUGCCGUCGUACAGCGCGCGCGUACGCGAGGACGUGCCCGUGGGCACACCCGUGGCCGUACUCGAGGCGUUCGACCCAGACCUGGGCGCCGGCGGGCUGAUCACUUACUCCUUGCCCGACCAGGCCACUGACGACGUCGUCUUCACCGUCGAUAGCACUUCAGGCACCGUGCGCACCGCGAAGCGGCUGGACUACGAAGAGAAACAGGUGUACGGCGUGGCGGUGCGCGCGACGGACGGCGGCCAGCCGGCGCUGUGGGCCGAGGCGACGCUGGUCGUGGAGGUGGGCGACGUGGACGAGAACCGGCACACGCCCGUGUUCGCAGAGCGCGCGGCGGUGGCCCUGGCCGUGCGCGAAGACGCGGCGCCGGGCGCGCGAGUAGGCGCGCUGCUGGCGCUGGACGCCGACCCUCCGGGACGCGACUCCCGCCUCACCUACUACGCGCUCGACGGCCCCGGCAUGGCGUAUUUCACCAUAGACGACACCGGGGUGGUCCGCACGCUGGCGCCACUGGACCGCGAGCGCGCGCCACACUACUGGCUGACGGCGUGCGCGGAGGACCACGGGCUCGUGCCACGCCACACUUGUAUACAGGUGUUCGUGGAGGUGCUGGACGUGAACGACGUGGCGCCGUGGCCGGAACGCGCGGCGUACUUCGCGCGCGUGCCGGAGCACUGCGCGGCGGGUACGCGCAUCGCGGUUGUGCGCGCGCCCGACGGCGACGCCGAGCCGCGCCCCGUACGCUACUCCAUCGUGGCCGGCAACCCCGACGGCCUGUUCGCCAUCGAUGAGCGCACCGGCGAGAUUGUGACGUCGGGGCGAGCGCUGGACCGAGAGGCGGCGAGCGCGCACGCACUGGAGGUGCGCGCGUGGGACGGCGCGCUGGCUGCUGCGGUGCGCGUGCGCGUCGACCUCACCGACCUCAACGACCACGCGCCCGCUUUCACGCAGCGCUUCUACGACCUGCGCGUGCCCGCCCCCGCCCCCGUCCCCGCCCACGCCCACGCCCAGGCGGACGAAAUUACAACCGAGAGUCUCGAGAGCAGCGCGGAGGGCGAGGCGGAGGUGGAGGGCGAGUCGGAGGCGGAGGGCGAGCUCGAGACGGAGGGCGACAGCGAGGCGGAGGAGGAGGUGCGAGGCGGCUGGGACGAGUGGGACGAAUGGACCGAGCCGGACUCCGACUAUGUUUAUAUUGGGACCGUGACGGCGCUGGACCCGGACGCGGCCGAGAACGGCACCGUGCGGUACUCGGCGCGGGCGCGGGGCGCGGCGCGCGGCCUGCUGCGGGUCACCGCGCGCUCCGGCCGCCUGCACGCCGCGCGCGCCCUGCCGCUGCUGCGCCGCGCCUACGACCUCACCGUGCGCGCGUGCGACGGCGGCGCGCGCUGCAGCUUGGCGCGUGCGCGCGUGCGCGGCGUGCCGGCGGGCGGCGGGCGCGCGCCGCACGCGUCCGUCGCGCCACCGCUGCAGGCCGCCGAGCUGGACGCGCCCGGCUUCCUGCUGACGCUGCUGCAGGCCUCGGACCCGGACGGCGACCCGCUCUACUACGACAUCGUCGACGGCGACCCCGAGCGGCAGUGGGUGGUGGGCCGCGAGGACGGCAGCCUGGUGCUGGCGCGCCCGCUGCAGUGGGAGCGCCGCCCGCGCUACGCCCUCAACGUCUCCGUCACCGACGGCCACCGCACGCUCUACACCACUGUGAACAUAACGGUCGUGAACGACAUGCACGAGGGCGGCGUCGAGUUCGAGCGCGAGCUGUACACGGUCGAGGUGUCGGAGAGCGCGCGCGCGGGCGACACCCUGCUGGCUCUGAGGGCGCGCGUGAUGCCGGCGCCCGGCACCCCCCUCGGCGCCGCGCCCGAGCCGCGCCUGCUGUACGGGGUGCUGGCGGCGCGCGUACCGGCAGACGCGGCGCUGUUCCGGCUGCACGAGCUGACGGGCGUGCUGGAGCUAGCGCGCCCGCUCGACAGGGAGACCGCCUCCGAGCACGAGCUGACGGUGUGGGCGCGCGACCAGGCGCCGCGUGCGUCCCGCGCAUUCGCGCGCGUGCGCGUACUGGUACACGACGCGGACGAGCACGCGCCCGCGUGGCCGCGCCGGGGCGGCACUACGCGCGACUACGCGCUGCUCGUGCGCGCCACCGGGCCGCCGCCCGCCGAGCGCUCGGCCGCGCUACCGUUGCACGUGAUCAUCGUAGAGCCCGACGACACGCCGCCCAGAUUCGCGCGCGAGGAGGUGCAGUGGGAGGUGGCGGAGGACGCGGCGGUGGGCACGGUGCUGGGCACGGUGGAGGCACGCAGCGGCACGGCGGUGUGGUAUGAGCUGCGCGGCGCCGCCGGCCUGUUUCGGCUGAACCCCGCGGCCGGCGUGCUGGCGCUGGCUGCGCCGCUGGACUACGAGAAGUGCGUGCGGCACGAUCUCGUCGUCACCGCGCUCAACAUGGGCGGUGGCGCUGCAACGGCGCGCGUCACCGUGCACGUGCUGGACCGCAACGAGUAUGCGCCCGUGCUGCGCGCGCGCGCCUACCGCGGCCGCGUGUCCGAGGCGGCGGCGCGCGGCGCGCUUGUGUGGGCCGCCGACGCGCCGCCCGGCGAGCCGCUCGUGCUGACGGCCGAUGACGCCGACUCGCCGGCCAACCGACAGCGCGCCUACGAGAUCCUGCAGCCGGCCGCCGCGGCGCUCUUCCGCAUCGACCCCACUACCGGCGCGCUCUCGCUCGCCGCGCCGCUCGACCACGAGCUCGCCGCCGUCCACACCUUCACCGUCAAGGUGGUGGACAUGGGCGAGCCGCGGCUGCCGUCCGCCGGAGCCGAGAGCACGGCCACGGUGACGGUGGAGGUGGCGAACGAGAACGACUGCCCGCCGCAAUUCUCGCAGCCGACGUACGAGGCGGAGGUGCUGCUGCCGACGGCGAGCGGCGUGCGCGUGCUGGAGCUGGCGGCGCAUGACGCCGACCGGUUCUCGAGCACGGCGCGCGUGGUGGUGCGCGCGCGCGAGCCCGACCCGGCCGGCCUGGCCUUCCACAAGACCGACUACUACGCCUCCGUGCUGGAGAACACGACCAAGCCGAGCACGGUGGCCGUACUGAGCGUGCUCGGCGCCGCGCUCAACGAGCACGUCCUCUUCUCCAUACUCAAUCCCACCGAUGGAUUCGAGAUCGGCGCGACGUCGGGCGCGGUGCGCAGCGGCGGCGUGGCGCUGGACCGCGAGGUGCGCGCCGCCUACACGCUGCUGGUGCGCGCGGCGGCGGGCGCGCGGCGAGCACACGCGCGGCUGCACGUCGCCGUCGGGGACCUCAACGACAACUGCCCCGUGUUCACCCAGCGGCCCUACGCCGCCGCGCUGCCCGCCGGGGAGCCCGCCGGCGCGCCCGUGCUGCGCGUGCACGCCACCGACGCCGACGCCAACGACAACGGCGAGGUGCGGUACGAGAUGAAGCGGGGCAACGGGGAGCUGUUCCGCGUGGACCGGCGCACCGGGCAGAUCUCGCUGCGCCAGCCGCUGGAGCCCGCCAACCAUCUUUACACGCUCGUCGUCGCCGCAUUCGACGGAGGCACGCCGGCAUGCGGCACGGAGGCGGAGGUGAGCGUGCGCGCGUGGAGCGGGGGCGCGGCGCCGCGCUGGCCGCGCGCGCACUACGACCUGCAGACGCGCGAGGACGCGCCGCCGGGCCGCGCGCUGACGCCGGCGCUGCAGGCCGACUCGCCGCUGGCGCGCGCGCUCAUCUACACGCUGCACGAGGGGCCGGCGGACCUCUUCGAGGUGCACUUCGAGACGGGUGCAGUGGUGCCGCGCGGCGCGCUGGACUACGAGACGGCGCGCGAGCACCGGCUGGUGGUGCGCGCCACGGACGCCGUCAGCGGCUCCUUCGCCGACGUGACCGUGCUGGUGCGCGUGCUGGACGUCAACGACUGCGCGCCGACCUUCCCCCAGGCCGAGUACCGCGUCGCAGUGCGCGAGGCCGCCCCGCUCGGCGCGUCGCUGCUCACCGUGCGCGCCGACGACCCAGACCACGGUGACAACGGCAACGUAACGUACUCGCUGAGCGCGUGGAGCGCGGGGGGUGCGGCGGUGGGCGCGGUGGGCGCGGUGGGCGCGCUUCAGUUCGCCGUGGGCGCGCACAGCGGCGAGGUGACGGUGGCGGGCGCGCUGGACCGCGAGCAGUGCGCGGAGCACCACCUGCUGCUGACAGCCACCGACGCCGGCCAGCCCGCGCUCCGCACCACGGCACAUCUCUUUAUCCUCGUGGAGGACGUGAACGACAACGCGCCCCGCAUGGAGCGCGCCGUGGUGAGCGCGCCCGUCUCCCCGGAGGCGGCGCGCGGCACUGCGCUGGCGCGCGUCGCCGCCUGGGACCCCGACGAGCGCGACGCGGCGCGCCUGCAGUACGCGCUGGCCGGCGCGCCCGCCGACACGCGCGCCUUCGCGCUGCACCCCGCCACCGGCGUGCUCUCGCUGGCCGAGCCGCGCGCGCUGCUCGCCUCGCCGGCGGGCGCGCGCCGCUCGCUCGACGUCUCCGUGUCGGACGGCGCGCACGCCACCUUCGCGCGCGUCAAGCUGCUCCUGGCGCCCGCCAACCGCGCCGCGCCGCACUUCCCGCACCGCGUGCACGAGGCGCGCGCGCUCGAGAACCAGCCGCCGCCUCUGCUCCUCACCACGGUGAAGGCGUACGACGAGGACGCCGGCGAGUUCGGCGUCGUGACGUACUCCAUCCCCUCGGCGCGGCUGCGCGAAACGUUCGCGGUGGACGCGCGCAGCGGGGCGCUGACGACGCGCGUGCCGCUGGACCGCGAGCCGCUGGUGACGCUGCGCGCGCACGACGCGGACGCGGACGGCGCGCGCCUCACGUACUCCGUGUACGAGGGCGAGCUGCGCACCGACGCCGCCGGCCUGUUCGCCGUCGACCCGCUCACCGGCGUGCUGUCCUUUGCGCGCAACGCUUCCGCCUUCGGUGAGAUGAGAUUCACGAUGUCACGAAAAAUGUUCCGAGGCGACGCGGGGCGCGCUCUGCAGGUGUGGGUGCGCGCGCGUGACGCCGGCGGGCUGGCGGGCGAGGCGCCCGUGUCGGCGGCGCCGCGCCUCAAGCCGCCACCGCCCGAGGUGUUCGUGCGGGAGGACGCGGCGCCCGGCACGCCGGUGGCGGCGCUGGACGCGGGCGCCCCCGGCCGGCCGCCGCGCUACCGGCUGGCCGACUCCCCCUCGCGACACCUCUUCGCCGUGGACGCGGCCGGCCGGCUGGUGCUGGCCGCGCCGCUCGACCGCGAGGCCGCCUCCGACCACUACAUAGGUGUGAUCGCGGAACGCGGUGCUGACGACACGGAGGUGGAGGGUGCGGGGGGUGCGGGAGGCGCGACGCCAGGCGUGAUGGCGACGACGCGGGUGCGCGUGCUGGACGUGAACGAGCACGCGCCCUCCUUUCACUCGCAGCCGUACGUGGUGCAGCUCGCAGAGAAUACGCCGCCCGACUCGUACGUCGUCCAGUUGAUGGCGGACGACCCUGACGCGGGCUCCAACGGCGAGGUGCGGUUCGCGCUGGGCGGGGCGGGGGGUGAGGCUGGGGGCGAGGCGCUGCCGUUCGCGGUGGAGGCGGAGACGGGCUGGGUGCGCACGACGCGCGCGCUGGACCGCGAGACGCGCGCCGAGUACCGCGCGCCGCUGCUGGCGACGGACGGCGGCGCGCCGGCUCGCAGCGCGCGCGGCACGCUCGUCGUGCGCCUGCUCGACUACGACGACUGCCCGCCCGCCUUCCAUCAGGAACUCUAUGAAGCUCAAGUGCGCGAGGACGCGCCGGCGGGCACGGUGGUGGUGCGGCUGGGCGUGUCGGACGCGGAUACGUCGGGAGGCGCGCGCUCCUAUUUCGUGGCGGCCGGCGACCCUUCGGCGCGGUUCCAGCUGCGCGCCUCCGCCACCGGCGCCGAACUGUUCGUAGCGCGCGCACUGGACCGCGAGACCGCGCCCGGCUACGUGCUGGACGUGGCCGCGGCGGACGGCAAGUUCACCGCCUACACGAGAGUCAACGUCACCGUGCUCGACGUCAACGAUAAUCCGCCAUACUGCGAGCAACACCGCCUGAGCGCGCGCCUGCCGGAGGACGCAGCGCGCGGCGCGCACGUGGCGACGCUGCACGUGCGCGACGCAGACGAGCCGCACAAUGCGCGCGCACGCUUCUUCCUCACCGGCGACCACGCAGACCACUUCACCAUACACAAGGAAACCGGAGUAAUAUCUGUCGCCGAGGAGUUGGACCGCGAGACCGUGGCCGAGUAUCAGCUGGCGGCGCACGCGCAGGACCGCGACCGGCCGGAGUGGACGUGCAGCGCCGAGCUGCGCGUCGUGCUCGCCGACGUCAACGACAACGCGCCGCGCUUCUCCGUGCCCCUCUACAGCGCCACGCUGCCCGAGGACGCCGACCCCGGCGCCCUCGUCGCCAAGGUGCACGCAACGGACGCAGAUCUAGGGGAGAACGGUCUAGUUCACUACUCGUUCGUGGAAGAGGACGAGGACGAGAGAGACGGCAACGCAGCCUUCGAGUUGGCCGGCGACAGCGGCAUCAUCAGGCUGCGCGCCGCGCUGGAUCGCGAGCUGCGCGCCGAGCACAAGCUGCGCGUGCGCGCCGUCGACGCCGGGGUGCCGCCGCGGUCCGCUUUCGCCACCGUCCGCCUCACCGUGGCCGACGUCAACGACAAUCCGCCCGAAUUCGAUUACAAGCAAUACCGAGCGGUGGUGCCCGAGAUGCGCCCCGUGGGCACCGAGCUGCUGCGCGUGCGCGCCACCUCGCGCGACGCCGGCGUCAACGCAGACGUCUACUACUCCCUCGUUGCCGGCGACGACCGCGAGGACUUCGCACUCGACCGCGCCACCGGCGCUCUUACCGUCGCGCGCCCUCUCGACUUCGAACACAGAAAGGAAUACUUCCUGACGGUGCAAGCCGUGGACGGCGGCACGCCCCCGCUCAGCGACCACGCCACCGUCAACAUCACGGUGCUGGACGGCAACGACAACGCGCCGGUGUUCUCGCAGCCGUCGUACGGAGCGCGCGUGCGCGAGGACGCGGCGCCGGGCGGCCUGGUCGCGCAGGUGGUGGCGCUCGAUGCGGACGAAGGCGCCAACGGACGCGUCACGUACAGUAUCGCUCGCGGCGACCGCGACGGCCGCUUCGCCGUGGACCCCGACACCGGGCACGUGUCUCUGGUCGCGCCGCUGGACCGCGAGGCGACGCCCGCCUACGUGCUGGAGGUGCGCGCGCGAGACCGCGGCCAGCCGCCGCUGGAGGCCGCCGCCUUCCUCAACGUCGAGGUGCUCGACGCGAACGACAACCCGCCGCUCUUCGCGCAGACCAACUACUCGGCGGUCGUGCAAGAGGACAAGCCGCUCGGGUUCACCAUCCUUAAGUUCGUCGUCGACGACGCGGACGCGCCUCCCAACGCGGCGCCCUUCACUUUCGAUUUUCAAUCUGGCAAUGAAAUGGGAGCGUUCCGUUUGGAGCAAGAUGGAUAUUUACGAUCGGCGACCAGAUUUAACCAUCGCAUCAAGGAUCGAUACGUGUUACAAGUGCGCGUGUUCGACAACGGGACGCCUCCCUUGUUCUCCGAUGCGUGGGUCUACAUCAAAGUCAUCGAAGAAUCGCAUCACCCUCCCGUCGUCACUCCGCUAGAAGUAGUCAUCAAUUCUUACCUCGAUGAGUUUCCGGGCGGCGUGAUCGGGCGCGUGUUCGCAUCCGACCGGGACGCGUACGACACGCUGAGCUACGCGCUGGCGGCCACCGACGGCGCGCCCUACCCGCCCGCCGACCUCUUCGAGAUCGAGCCCGCCACCGGCACGCUGCGCGCCGCCCCGCGCCUCGACGUCGGCGAGUACCGCCUCAACGUGACCGUCCACGACGGGAAGUUCCUCGGCCACGCCCUCGUCCGCGUCGCCGUCGUGCUCGUGUCGGAUGAGAUGCUGGCGCACGCUGUGGUCAUCCGCUUUCGCGAAGUCACCGAUCGCGACUUUGUGCUCAGUCAUCGCAAGGGAUUCAUUCGCGCGGUGCACGAGGCCACGCUCUGUCGGCAGAGCGACGUACUCAUCGUUGGGGUGCAGGCUUCGGACGCCGACUUCGAGGCGGAGUCGACUCGAGCACGCCGCACGACGAGACGGAUCGCGCAGGACCUCGACGUGGCUUUCGCGGUGCGGUCCGAGGACGGAAACGGCUUCUUAUCUCCGGAAGUGAUGCGGCGCAGUCUGCACGCGCAUCUGGAGCGGCUGGAGGAGAGCACGCGACUGGUGGUCGAGGAGUUGGUGCGCGCGGCGUGCGGCGGCUGCGUGCACGGCGCGUGCACCGAGCGCGUGCAGCUGCACGCAGCGGCCGUUCGAGCCGUGGCCACCGAGGUGUUCGCACUGGUGGGCGCGCCGCAUCGCCUGCUCGCCGAAUGCGCCUGCUCGCCGGGCUUCGAAGGGGAUCGCUGCGAGCGCGCGGUCGCCUCGUGCGCCGAGUGCCCGGGCGCGCGCUGCGAGGCGGGCCCCGCGCCGCCCGGCUACCGCUGCUGCGAGGACGAGGGCGGCGGCGUCGGCGGCGGGGGGGAGGAGCUAUGUCGUGCGCCCUCGCCGGUGACGUACCUGCCGAGCGACGGGUACCUGGUGUACAGGCUGGAGCGCGGCGUGGUGCACGGCGAGCGGCUGCUGGAGGACGAGCUGACGCUGUCGCUGCGGUUCCGCACGCGGCGCGAGCGCGGCGUGCUGCUGCAGGCGGCGGGGCGCGUGGAGUACCUGGUGCUGGAGCUGGCGGAGGGCGCGGUGCAGUGCCGCAUGGAGCUGGGCGCGGGCGCGGUGGCGCUGCGCGCGGGCGGCGCGGUGGCGGACGGCGCGUGGCACUGGGUGCAGCUGGAGCGGCGCGGCGCGGCGGUGCGCCUGGCGGUGGACAGACGCGUCGCACACGCGCAGGCGCCGGCGCGCGACGCCGUGCUGGACGCGCGACAUGACCGCGUUCUGGUCGGAGCUGCGCUGUUGCGACACGCCUACGCCCUCGCGCCGGAACAGGUCACUUAUGGAUUUCACGGAUGCAUCGCGGACGUGAAAAUUGGUGAGGUCGCACUCCCACUGGAAGAGGGAGGCACGUCGAGCGACGGGCGCGUGCAGCUGACGCGUCGCGUGCGCGCCCGCGGCGUGCUCGCGUGCCCCGCGCUGCCCGCGCCCGGCCCCUGCGACUCCUACCCCUGCCUGAACGGCGGCACGUGCCGCGCGCUGCCCGAGCCCGCGCUGCUGGAGGACGCCGCCUUCGCGUGCACGUGCCACGCGCGCUUCGCGGGCCGCUUCUGCGAAAUCGACACGGACCCGUGCGCCUCGCAGCCCUGCCUGCACGGCGGCUACUGCUCGGCCGAGCGCGGCACGUUCGUGUGCGCGUGCGCGCCCGGACUGCGCGGCGCGCGCUGCGAGCGGGGCCGCUGGUGCACGCCGAGGGUGUGCGCGCACGGCGGCGCCUGCGAGGACGGCGAGCGCGGCCCCGCGUGCCGCUGCCGGGGGUACUACGGCCCGCGCUGCGAGUACGACGUGGACGAGUGCGCCGGCGAGCCCUGCCUCAACGGCGCCACCUGCCUCAACGAGCUGGGCUCCUUCCGCUGCCUCUGUCCGCCCAAUAAAACAGGCAUGAACUGCGGCAACCCUCUGUACUCGGACGCGGUGGUGGCGGGCGGAGUGGGCGGAGCGGGCGGGGCGGCGGCGCCUCGCUCGCUGCACGACGCCUGGCGCUGGGCGGUCGCCGCGCGCUGGCCGCUGCCCGCCGCGGCGCUGGCAGUGCUGGCGGCGCUGCUCGCUUGCGUGGCCGUGCCGCUGCUGCGCCGGCGUCGCGCCGCACGCGCCCGCCUCGCGCACCUGCACCACGCGCCCCUCAACAGCGCGCUGCACGCGCCCGGCGGCGGAGACAAGGCGCCGCCGCCGCGCGCCUCCAAGCUGUCCAACCUGGAGGCGGUGCGGCGCGAGCGGGUGGAGCGGCCCGCCUCCUGCGCCGACCCGCCGCCGCUCAACAACAUCGACACGCUGCGCAGCUACGGCUCGGCGGGCGACGAGCUGGAGGGCAUCCCGCCCGACUACCUGCGCAACCUCAACAUAGACGCCGCGGACCGCAAGCCCUGGUCCGAGCAGAUGCAUCUGCACACCUUCGUCGACAACAAAAUUUAUAACGAUCUCAAGGGAUGCAAGCGGGGGAGCCGAGCCCCGGCGCCGACCUCGGUGGCCGCGUCGGGCUCCCCGCACCUGGUGGGCGGCUACCACUGGGACUGCUCCGACUGGUGCGGGGGCGGCGGCCUUCCCGGCAUCAGCGAGGUGGCCGGCUCCGAGCGCCCCGACUCCUCGGAGCCGCCGUCCGGCCGCGAGCGCGCCUCGCCCUCGCCGCGCGCCCCGCGCCCCGCGCACCCCACGCACCCCGCGCACCCCACGCACCCCGCGCACCACGCACACGCCCCGCGCCGCGCCGCCCUCACCGACACCGACUCCGCGCCCGACGACCUCGACCUGGACGCGCUACGCUUCACCGACGCGUCGUCGUACCUGCUGCACCCUGACGAGUACUUGCCCGCGGCGGCCGGCUGCUGCGAGGGCGAGGACGAGGGUGAGGGCGGGGGCGGGGGAGGGCUGCGGCGGCGCGACCCGGACGCCGCCAGCCUCAUCACUAUGCUGGCGGAGGAACGCCGCUCGCUGCUGGGCGGCGCCGGCGCGGGCUCCGGCAGCGACCUCUCGGCCAACCUCUGCGAGAUAGAAGACUCGGAUGCGGAGGAGACGGCGGGCGGCGGCGGCAGCGGCGGUGGUAGCGGCGCGCGUCACACUCAAGUGUGACGUCACGCCGCGCCCCGCCGCCCGCGCGGCCCCUAGCGCGCGCACGAACAGAACAUUCCAAUCACUGUGUGACUCCUUCAAGUAGCAAAAUGUGAAGUGUAUAUAUGUAUAUUUACAUAAAUAAAGUGAAGCUGUGUAUAAUGUACAGUUAAAUGAGCUUCAACCGUGCCGAUAUGUGAUAGUGUAAAGUAUUAUUUACUAAGUGGUUUGUCGUAAGAUGUGUCUGGUUGUGAGUCUGUGCGAAUGUAUGUGCGCGUGUGUACUCUACUGAAUGUCGCAAGAUGCAGCGACGGCGGCCUCUGCUACUUGUGUACCUUUAGUAAAUAUUGUUAUGUUAAUAUGCCUUAACCCGGCGCGACGUGACGUCUUGCAGGCGUCUGCGCCCACAGGGCGUGGGCCCCGGCGUCUGCGCCCACAGGGCGUGGGCCCCGGCGUCUGCGCCCACAGGGCGUGGGCCCCGGCGUCUGCGCCCACAGGGCGUGGGCCCCGGCGUCUGCGCCCACAAGGCGUGGGCCCCGGCGCCCACAUCUCGCGCCGUUAGCAUAAUGUACGAUGGUGCUCCGACUGUAGAUUCAUAUCAUAAUUUUAAUGUAAGCAUUUAUAAAACAUUCUCCUCGUAGGAUAGCGACUGAUGUUAUAAAAUCUAUUUUUAUAUAUUAUGUGUAAAGCGAGCAGCGGCUGAUGCGCUCUCCUACUAUUUCAUAAAUUAUUUAACGACUGUUAUGUAAGUUUUGACACGACUAAUAAAACUAUAAAGACAU